AGAGUUGUUAUCGAGGAAGAGGAGCAGAGAGGAGGAAGGAGCAGAGCCGGGGGGUGUGUGAGUGUGUUUGUGAGGUCCAAACAGGAGCACAACACGGCGUGAAUGAGACAGGCAAGCUGGCGGACUUCAACAUGGCAUCCGGAGAUACUCUGUACAUCCAGACAGACGGCUCGGAGAUGCCGGCCGAGAUCGUGGAGCUGCACGAGAUAGAGGUGGAGACGAUACCGGUGGAGACCAUCGAGACCACGGUGGUCGGCGGGGACGACGACGACGACGACGACGGCCAGCCCAUGAUCGCGCUCCAGCCGUUGGUCACGGACGACCCCAGCUCCAUCCACCACCACCACCACCACCACCAGGAGGUGAUCCUGGUCCAGACGCGGGAGGAGGUGGUCGGUGGGGAUGACUCGGACCUGCACACGGACGGCGGGAGCGGGUUCGAGGACCAGAUCCUCAUCCCGGUGCCGGCUCCCGGAGUGGAGGACGAGUACAUCGAACAGACUCUGGUGACUGUGGCCGGGAAGAGCUCGGUGGGUCGCAUGAAACGGGGAGGCGGCACCGGGGGCAAGAAAGCGGGCAAAAAGAGCUAUUUAAGCGGAGCGGAGGCCGGCGGGAGGAAAUGGGAACAGAAGCAGGUGCAAAUAAAGACACUGGAGGGGGAGUUUUCUGUCACGAUGUGGGCUUCGGAUGACAAUAAAGACAUUGACCAUGAGUCAGUGGUGGAGGAGCAGAUCGUCGGGGAAAACUCUCCUCCAGACUACUCCGAGUACAUGACGGGGAAGAAGCUGCCACCUGGUGGUAUCCCGGGGAUCGACCUCUCAGACCCCAAACAGCUGGCCGAGUUUGCCAGGUGAGUGUGUGUGU